UCCCUCGCCGCCCCGCCCAGGGGACGGAGCCCGGGGCGCAGCAUCCUGGCUCGGGCCGGGUCGCCUCAGCCACUGCCGUCGGGGAAGGUCCUAGCGCGGUCAUGGCCUCGCGAGGUGCGCGCCCCGGCCCAAGCCCUCAGCACCCCGCGCAGUAGCCCCGAGGAGAGGCGGCCUGGGACGUCGCGGACGGCUGGGCGGGCAGCAUGGAGGAGGCGCACCUGCUCCCGGCUGCCGACGUGCUGCGCCGCUUCUCGGUGACAGCCGAGGGCGGCUUGAGCCCGGAGCAGGUGACCGACGCGCGGGAGCGCUACGGCCCCAACGAGCUCCCUACUGAGGAAGGGAAGUCCCUGUGGGAACUGGUGCUGGAGCAGUUUGAUGACCUCUUGGUACGCAUCCUGCUGCUGGCAGCCCUGGUCUCCUUUGUCCUGGCCUGGUUCGAGGAGGGUGAAGAGACCACAACUGCCUUUGUGGAGCCCCUAGUCAUCAUGCUGAUCCUCGUGGCCAAUGCGAUCGUGGGAGUGUGGCAGGAGCGUAAUGCCGAGAGUGCCAUUGAGGCCUUGAAGGAGUAUGAGCCUGAGAUGGGUAAGGUGAUCCGCUCUGACCGCAAGGGCGUGCAGAGGAUCCGAGCCCGGGACAUCGUCCCUGGGGACAUUGUGGAAGUGGCAGUGGGAGACAAGGUGCCUGCUGACCUCCGCCUCAUUGAGAUCAAGUCCACCACACUUCGAGUGGACCAGUCCAUCCUGACAGGGGAGUCUGUGUCUGUGACCAAGCACACAGACGCCAUCCCAGACCCUAGAGCCGUGAACCAGGACAAGAAGAAUAUGCUGUUUUCUGGCACCAAUAUUGCAUCAGGCAAAGCCUUGGGUGUGGCCGUGGCCACAGGCUUGCACACAGAGCUGGGCAAGAUUCGGAGCCAGAUGGCAGCUGUGGAACCUGAGAGGACGCCACUGCAGCGCAAGCUGGAUGAGUUUGGGAGGCAGCUGUCCCAUGCCAUCUCUGUGAUCUGUGUGGCUGUGUGGGUCAUCAACAUUGGCCAUUUUGCUGACCCAGCCCACGGUGGAUCCUGGCUCCGUGGUGCAGUCUACUACUUCAAAAUUGCUGUGGCCCUGGCUGUGGCUGCUAUUCCCGAGGGUCUCCCAGCAGUUAUCACUACAUGCCUGGCACUGGGCACAAGGCGUAUGGCACGCAAGAAUGCCAUUGUGCGGAGCCUGCCCUCUGUGGAGACCCUGGGCUGCACCUCAGUCAUCUGCUCUGACAAGACAGGGACCCUCACCACCAAUCAGAUGUCUGUCUGCAGGAUGUUCGUGGUAGCUGAAGCAGAGGCAGGCUCCUGUCGUUUGCAUGAAUUCACCAUCUCGGGUACCACGUAUACCCCAGAGGGCGAAGUGCGACAAAGGGAGCAGCCUGUGCGUUGUGGGCAGUUUGAUGGACUUGUGGAGCUAGCGACCAUCUGUGCCCUUUGCAAUGAUUCAGCACUGGACUACAAUGAGUCCAAGGGCGUGUACGAGAAGGUAGGAGAGGCCACGGAGACAGCCCUGACUUGCCUGGUAGAGAAGAUGAAUGUGUUUGACACGGACCUGGCAGCAUUGUCCCGGGUGGAGCGUGCUGGCGCCUGCAACUCGGUCAUCAAGCAACUCAUGCGGAAGGAGUUUACCCUCGAGUUCUCCAGGGACCGGAAGUCCAUGUCUGUGUACUGCACACCUACUCGUUCUGAUCCCAAGGCCCAGGGCAGCAAGAUGUUUGUGAAGGGAGCUCCCGAGAGUGUAAUUGAGCGCUGUAGCUUAGUCCGAGUGGGGAGCCGUACAGUACCCCUGAACACCACCUCCAGAGAACAUAUUCUGGCCAAGAUCCGGGAUUGGGGCUCAGGCUCUGACACACUGCGCUGCUUAGCCUUGGCCACUAGGGACACGCCCCCAAGGAAGGAGGACAUGCGAUUGGAUGACUGCAGUCAGUUUGUACAGUACGAGACAGACCUGACCUUCGUGGGCUGUGUGGGCAUGUUAGACCCACCGAGACCGGAGGUGGCUGCCUGUAUCACACGCUGCUCCCGGGCGGGCAUUCGGGUGGUCAUGAUCACAGGAGACAACAAAGGCACAGCUGUGGCCAUCUGUCGUCGACUUGGCAUCUUUGGGGACACAGAGGACGUGCUGGGCAAGGCCUACACAGGCCGUGAAUUUGAUGACCUCAGCCCAGAGCAGCAGCGCCAGGCUUGCCGCACUGCCUGCUGCUUUGCGCGGGUGGAACCCGCACACAAGUCUCGCAUCGUGGAGAACCUGCAGUCCUUUAAUGAGGUCACUGCCAUGACUGGCGAUGGGGUGAAUGAUGCACCAGCCCUGAAGAAGGCAGAGAUUGGCAUCGCCAUGGGCUCAGGUACCGCUGUGGCCAAGUCAGCAGCAGAGAUGGUACUGUCCGAUGACAACUUUGCCUCCAUUGUGGCUGCAGUAGAGGAGGGCCGGGCCAUUUACAACAACAUGAAGCAAUUCAUCCGCUACCUCAUCUCCUCCAAUGUUGGCGAGGUUGUCUGUAUCUUCCUCACAGCAAUUCUGGGCCUGCCCGAAGCCCUGAUCCCUGUGCAACUGCUCUGGGUGAACCUGGUGACAGAUGGCCUCCCUGCCACAGCACUUGGCUUCAACCCACCAGAUCUGGACAUCAUGGAGAAGCUGCCUCGGAACCCCCGUGAGGCUCUCAUCAGUGGCUGGCUUUUUUUCCGGUACUUGGCUAUUGGAGUGUAUGUAGGCCUGGCUACGGUGGCUGCCGCCACCUGGUGGUUCCUGUAUGACGCUGAGGGACCUCAAGUCACCUUCUAUCAGCUGAGGAACUUCCUGAAGUGCUCUGAAGACAACCCACUCUUUGCUGGUAUCGACUGUGAGGUCUUUGAGUCCCGCUUCCCCACUACCAUGGCCUUGUCUGUGCUUGUGACCAUUGAAAUGUGCAACGCCCUCAACAGCGUCUCAGAGAACCAGUCACUGCUGCGCAUGCCACCCUGGCUGAACCCUUGGCUGCUGGGGGCUGUGGUCAUGUCCAUGGCCCUGCACUUCCUCAUCCUUCUGGUGCCUCCCCUGCCUCUCAUUUUCCAGGUGACCCCACUGAGUGGUCGGCAGUGGGGGGUGGUGCUCCAAAUGUCUCUGCCUGUCAUCCUGCUGGACGAGGCCCUCAAGUAUCUGUCCAGGAACCACAUGGAUGAAAAAAAGGACCCGAAGUAAGUCCUGGGAUCAGAGAGGAGUCUCCAGUAUGGCCGUCAGACUGAUAGUGUCCAAGCAUUUGUCCCCAUUCCCACCCCUUGCCAACCGCACUCAGCCACCUGUCUAUUGGACCCUGCUGGACAUAACAGGCCUGAAACAAGAAUGACCACCUCUAGGCCCAAUCCCAGGUUCCUGUCUCCAUUUCCAUACCUCCCUACAGCUCUGGCCCAGAAGUUGAGCCCAGGAGGGGCGGCUAAGAAGCCAGAGCUGGCUGCAGGGCCACCACACAUUCCCCCACAGCUCUACAACCUUUUCCCUGCUUGGAGGCUGGACGUUUUGCUCACUUGGUUUGCUUGGUAACUGGUGCCUCUGCCCUGAUGGAGGACUCACGGGGGCCUUCUUACGGACUCUGACCUCUUGCUUAGUUUGGGUCUGGAGCCUGAUCAGCUGUGGGAAGGAGGACUUGGAGGGGACCAUCUGGGCCCAGCUGUGACCACAAGGAGGGGCAGCCCCUUCCACUUGGCUCUGCCUCCACCAAGUCCACUUCUGAGAGCAGGAGCCUGUGUCUGUUUAUAUAUGUGCCGGCCCUAGGGGAUUGAGGGAUCACAGACAGAUAGGAACUCAAGAAGCAGGAGGAGAGGCCGGACUAGGACUCCCUUUCCCAGGAGGCAGCCUGGGCUAGCUGACUGGGCUCAGCCCUAUUCCCACCUCUCGGCUUACUGCCUCAGCUCAGGUUGGCUUAGGGUGACCAGGUCUGUGAAGCCGAGGCCAGCUUUACUGUCCAUGUCCCUGGUGCCUAAGACUCCAGACACCCCUAGGUCUGUGUCCGCGUGUUCUGCCACCCAUGGUGGGAGGCCAUGUCACUUGCUGCAGGGCUGGGUGGUUCUGAAUCUCCUGAACUGCUGGUGUUACUCUGCCUCUCUCUUUCCUCCCACUGUACAUCUUUGAGUCAAAGAGACGUCACUAGGACGGAUACUCCACGAGGGACUGCCUACCCCUACCUCCCCACUGAAAGAAAGCAUCUCAUGGGGAUCUAUCAGAAGGACUGGUUUGGGUGUUACUUGGUUUUAUUUUUUUUCUGUUGUUGAUGUUCCUCUUAACACUGCUGUCGCUCCUUUGACAAAAACUAGCUAGGUGUCCCAGAAAACAGAGGAAGUGUUGAUCUGCGUGACUUAGCUCUUCCCUUGAGUGUGUACAGUGUGAUUAUUUUAUAUGUAAAUCAAGAUUCCCGUCACUGUCCUAACCCCCCGGUAACAAAAGCCCCCUCAGCCUGCCUUGCAGACAGAUGAACUCCAUGUUUGGCAGCCUACUCUCCUGCACAUCCUCCCUUCCCUCUGGCGGGUUCUGGAGGGGCCUUAGAGAGAAACAGAGUUGGAGGGAUGGCUUGGCAGGGACAGAGCCCUGUGCCCACCUGCUGACAUGCUUUCUUCUGGUAGAGGAAUAAAGAUGUGUGUCUGAGGGA